AUGGCGACAAACGCAAACGCGGAAUUCAAUAAGCAGAAUACCGAUACGGACGACAUCCCCCAAGGCGGCGAUACCGUUGACAAUUCAUAUGCUAGUCGUCCGGGCCAGAAGCAGGUGCCGGUCGUGAAGGAUGAGACUCCGGUUGAGCAACCAAAUGACGCACGGAACCCUCAUUCAGAUGAGGCCCUUGGCAAGCAUAUCAAGCAUGACGAAGCCGAAGCGAUUGACAAAGGUAACAUUAUCAAGGGUGGUCGUACUCGAGGAGCAACAAAGCCAUCAGGGACCUACCGAGAACCAGAGGGCGAGGCAGACCUACCUGCUGAUGACGGCACUUCUGCCGUACGUUGA